CACAGAGACGGCGGCCAGUACGCUGACCGGUCAUAGUCUGUACUCCCGUGCCUCAAUCCGUCGAACGAGAAGAGCUUGGGAAAAUCCCGUAGUCACUACCUGGAGCACUACUCUUAGUUUCGCCUCGACGUCGACGUGCACGGCCGCGAAAUACCCACAAUCUGCGACGAUGGCGGGCUUUACGGCAGGUCCACCUUGGCUCUUCCGCAGCGUUCCUCAAGUAGGGCCACAUCCGCCAGGGGUGGAGAACGUCCGCUCGACGACGCGUGCGAGGUCCGCGCGAAUGGACAAUGGCGAGUUCCUCAAGUUCUUCUGGGAGGGGAGCGAGCUCGGGUCGAGCGGGGUACGGGAGCCGUGAGUGCGUGUGCGGUGGAUCGAUCUGGGACGUCGUCAGCGCGCUCGCGCUCAGGUACGACCUGCACCCGCUGGCGCUGGAGGACGUCCUCCACCAGCGCGGCCACCCGCGUUCCAAGGCCGACUACUACCCGCAACACCUCUUCGUCCGCAUCCUCGUCCACACCCUCGCCUCCUCCGCAUCCUCGUCCUUCUUCUCAGAUGACCGUACCCCCGAGGACACCUCUCCCGCGGACAUGUUCGCCAGUAUGCCCCGCUCAGAAUCCCCGGCGCAAAUGGACGAUGAGGAAGAGGCCGACCUCAAGCGCCGCAUGAUUGCCAGCGCUCGGGCCAACGACGACUCCGACGAAGCAGAGGAGCGAACGGUGUUCGGGAGCGUGGGCGCGACCGGUUUCUCCUCCCUGCGCCGCGCCCCGAAGGCGGAAGGGAUGAAAGAGAAGGCCAGUAUCGACCUCCCUUGGUCCCGUCCGCCAGGAGCGCGCGACGUCGAGGGCUCCCCGCGCGCGCCGACAAACGCAUCCGGGCAGUGGCCCUUCGCGGCGAUGGGAGCCGCAGGGAUACGGAUAGGAGACAGCAGCAAGAAGGCGCGGUACCAGAAGCUGGUGGGCGAGCUGAAGAAGGGCGACAGGGUCGACGUGCAGAUCCACCCCAUGUGCAUCUUCUUGCUGCGGGACGGGACGGUCGUGUCGAUACACAACGACACGACGCUGGCGCUGACGUCGCCGAUCGCGGAGCGGUUGAGGCAGAGGGACACGGUCGUGCGGACGAGCGCGGACCCGGCGUUGCUCGUCCAGUCGUUGCUCGACCUCGUCGUCGACCAGGCGCUGGAGGUCGUCGAGGAGUACCAAGGCCGGAUCCUCGAGAUGGAAGAGCAGGUCCUGCUCAAGCCGAGCAUGAAGACCGUCCGCAGACUGCAUAUACUCCAGGGCGACCUCGUGCUGCAUAAACGAACGCUCGAGCCGGUCAAGACGCUCAUAUACGGGCUCAGGCGGUACGACGCGGACCGCGCGCUCGCUCUGAGGGACCCGGAUAACGAGGAUGACAAGACGCAGUUGGGGGGGUACAUGAGCCAUAAGGCGAAGAUCUACUUGGCUGAUGUGUGCGACCAUAUGGAGUAUAUCCUGACGAGCUUGGAUAUGGUCGCGGGCAUUACGGAGAACCUGAUGAAUUACACGUUCAACAUGGCGUCAUACGAGAUGAACGAAGUAAUGCGCCGUCUGACCACGGUGACGAUCAUUUGCCUCCCGCUCACGCUCCUCACCGGGUACUUCGGCGUGAACUUCACCCCUAUGUGGUCCGUGAAUCACAACAGCGACGUCCUGUUCUGGGAGAUCGCAAUCCCGGUCAUACUCAUCGUCGUCCCGCUCUUCAUGUGGGGAGAUAUACGACGGAUGAGGCAUUACUUGGAUAAGAGCUGGAGGGGGAGGAGGAUCAACGAGGUACGUACUUCGUUUUCCUUUGGCGAUGGGGCGUUGUGCUGA